AUGAUGGAGAGAGAGAGAUUUAAUCCCUCAAUAAAUGAAAAAGAAAGUAGACAUUACCACCAACAACACUCCUAUACGAGAUCUAGGAACUACCCCAGAAAUCAAGAGAGAAAUAUGGAGAGGAAGAGUGGAAGAUCUCCCAGAUACACAAUUGAGAGAAAUAACUACAACUAUCAACAUCGACAAUCCCCUUCCCCUAAUAGAGUACAGUUUGAGACUAAACAUAGAAGGUAUGAAGGGAGAAGGAACUAUCCUUCACCCAUUGGAAAGAAGACUCUAAGAGAAAAAAGAGAAACCCCAAGGAAGUCCCCUAAGAGUACACCACUUGUAGAAUCCCAUAUAAAUCUUACCCAGAAGAGGGAUUUUUUAGGGGAUUUUUUAGAGAAAAGAGAAGAGACCAGAACGGCACUAAAGAAAUCAUGGAGGGAAAGGGGAGACCAACCACGAUCCCCAAUCCUGAGAAAAAGACAAAGAAGAGAAGAAGACAGGGAAGAAAUAAACCAAAUUUAG